AGGGCUUCGGCUCGGGACUGGUCAUCCUCAUUGAUACUUCCACCUUGUGUGGGAUAUUGAAGAGGAUCUUGUUUUGUUUCUUCUCAUUUGAGCCAUAACCAUACUUGAAUUUCUACUAUCUCGAGCUUCCUGGGGGGUAGCUCGAUUCCCUCUCAACGUCGUUAAAUACAGUAGCCUGCCUCACACAUUGAUUGGCCUUUCUGAAUUCAAAUGCACUUGUGAGACAGUAUUGUGUUUCCAUAUAGAAAGACCAGCCAGUAGAUUCGAAGAGAUACGCAGUUGUUUUGUUCCUCCCAAAUAAGAAGCCUCUUCUUAGUAUUUCCAUGUCCGGUGGCUUGGGAGAACGCGUUGGAGUAGGUGAAUGCUUCAAGACUUCAGGUAAGUUGAAGGUUCACAGAAGAGGGUACAGCGUGGGAGCGGCAGAGGGAGGCGGGUAUUGCCGGAUUUGGAGAUGCUUUCACAUUCACUACUUGCCGCAGACGGUGCCCAAGCUCUCCGCGCCUCUGCCCAUGACCAAAGUCUCGUCCUCACAGUCUCGUCAACCCCUCCUCCACCAACCUUGGACAAGCACCACCACAUCCACCAGCCCUGUUCUCAAGCAGCCACCCACAGACACCCAGCGUCCAGCUUUCAGUCUCCAGCCAGCAGCUUGCUUGUAUCGACCGUCGUGUACAAACACUGUACAUUGUUCAAGGCCUCUUCUAUAUUCACAUUCACCACGGACCCUCGUGUCCCGCCAGCGCGCCGGCAUAUCUCCUAGCUGUUGCGCCAGCUGUCGACUCCAUCCUCGACAACUCACACUCCCACCACACCACCCGCUCUUUUCCCACGCACAAGCACCGGCUUGCCAACACUUCCCAACACACACCUCUACCUUCCUCGUCAUGAAUCCUCUUGUCAUGUCUGGCUCCACCGACCCCAACAUUAGCGAGGCCACCGAAACCGCUCCUCCAAAGGCUCCUAUCAAGCGCAAGCGUGCUGCCCCCAAGCUCUUCAUCACUAAGCCGACUGUCCCCAAGACUCGGCCUGUUGCCGAAGCCCCUCCUAUCCCAAGGACUAUUAACGACUACGUCCCCCCUCGGGCGCCGGCUGAUCGGGUCACUACCCCGAUGAGCAUUCGCCAGGACGGCUCUGUUGACACUGAGCUGAUCAGCAUGUCGGACGCAGUCCGCAUCGAGAUGAAGGGUACCGCAGCAGGUCGGAAGCAACUAAAGUUGCUCAAGAAGGCGGAGGAUGAGCGCAUUGAAGCAGAACGGAAGCAAGAGGCUGUGGCCAGACAUUGCGAGGAGGGCGACAGGAUCGCGGCAGAGCGAAAGGCGGCGGCUGCAGCCAAGGAGGCUCAGAAGAAAGCAAAGCAGGCCAACAAAGCUCCGACGACCACUCUAAGUCCCCCUCAGAGGCUGUCAGCGAACGCAGCUGCCCUUCAGAUACUCUUUGACGAUGAUGAGCCUAAGGUACAGGCCGAGGAGGUGCCCAAGAAGCAGCCUAAGAAGGAGGCGACUAAGGAGCAACCCAAGAAGAUGGCACCGCCUAAAAAGAAGGCGAAGGCAGAGGAGCCAGAGGUGAUAGAUCUGGAUAGUUAUGUCGUCGAGCCCAAGACGGCUAUCAAAGACCGGCCGAAGAAGACCAUCAAGUCUCAGGCCAAGCCAGGUUCGUCUGCCACAAAGGAAGCCCGCGAAGCUGCAGCUCAGUGGGCUAUGCAGAUGAAGAAGAAUACCAAGACUGCUUCCCGGGUUCAGCAAAUUGCAACUCUCAAUCCGCCUCAAAAGCGGACUGCGCAUGGUGCUGAGCUCGACACGACCCUCAACAAUGACGCGCCCAAGCAGCGAGAAAUUCACCCGUUGAAGAAGAUGAAGACUCAAGAGACGGGCACAGAGGAGUUCAUGGAGGUGGAUCAGACACCAAUUCCUACCGCGGAGCCUGCAGAAGUUUGCCACGCGCUAGCUGCACCUCUUCCAACACCUCCACGUGAGGUAGAUCCCGUGGACGACCUGUUCGAAGACGAUGACGACAGUGAAGAAGAAGUCGAGUAUAGCGGGCUGGUAAUUGUAGAUGACAAUGGCAACGAGAUGGAGGAAGCCCUAACUGUUGCGCCAGCCGUCCCCUCCGCUGCGCCAGCUGUUCCCUCCAAGCCCCCACCCAAGAAGAAGGCACCUCCUAAGCCUACUUCCUUGAAUGCCGUCGUCGGAGGUCGUGUCACCAAGAGCACUGCCUCUGCCAAGAACGAGAAGAGAGCCCCUAAAUCGAAGGCCACCCCGAAGCCAAAGGCUGCCCCGAAGCCGAAGGCCGCCCCAAAGACCACCAAGCGUGGCAAGAAGGCCGGCAAGAACACCAUGGCUACAGGUCCCAAGUCUAUCAAGGACUUCCUCAACAUGACCAAGAAGGACCUUCAUGCUGCGGCCGCUGACAGCGGUAUGGAACUCGACGCCGAGGAGGAGGAGCCGCUUGUCUACCUCCUAGCCGUCCAGCACAUCGAGGACACUAAGAAGCUCCUUAAGUCACUCCAGGAUGACUACAAUGAGGCGAUGAAGGCUCGCGCUGAGGAGGAGGGCCGCAAGGCGGAGGAGCACGACGAGGCGUUGAACACCCAAGCUGAAGAAGAGACGCGGAAGAUGGAGGAGUUCCUCGCAAAGCACGGCGGUGACGACGCAACGGCGUAUGCCGCGUACAUGGCGGAAAAAGAGGCAGAGGAAGCCAGACUCGGGGAGGAGGAUGAGGAUGAGGACGAGGACGAAGAGGAGGGCGAUCUCACCCAGAUGAUGGAGGCUGAGUUUCUGUAA